AUGUAGAAUACGAAGUAAGAAGUAGAUAUGGGGAGAAAUUGACUGUGCCCAAAACCCACAAAAAUCUACCAAGACAAACGACCUUGAUAACAUCGACGAAUGAUAAAUGACAAUACGUCGAAUGACAAAUCUGUCAAAAUUAGUUCUAAAAAUUCACUGCGGGACUGUUUUCAUGAAGGACUCUAUUUGUUAUUUUGUUUCUCUUCCCUUAGAUCUUUAUACAAAAUGGACACUGAUGCAUCCCAAACUUCUGAAUGGUUGCUUUGUUAUUCUAAAAGAUACUCCGGAAGACCAUACUACUUUAAUACGUUGACAGGAGAGGCGUCGUGGAAUUUGCCUGAACAUACUGUAGAAUUGAUUAAAGCAAGAGCAAAUCAAAGUAAACCUAUGUUAAAUACAGGAUAUCCAGAGCCCAAUGAAGUGUUUACCGAUAAUAUAUACUCUUCCUUUAACACAAAUGCAGCUUAUAACAACCCAACAACAGCAAAAAUGUAUAAUACAUUCUCUAGUCAAAGCCCUCCCAUUGCUAACAUAAACUUUUCACACUGUAUUCCCCAGGACACAUAUAAUAAUGUUACUUUGGGUGUGCCAUUAUUAAAUGUUCAUCCAAAUUCAAAAAAUAGGAAUAACUCUUCUAACAACCCAAAGUGUUACUUAAAUGCUAACCAUAUCAAUUUGCAACAUCAUCAGGAUCAUACACAUUUAUUUACCCCUGUAUCAUCUAAAACUAAAGAGGAAGAAUUCUUAACUUUGCCAGCUGAAAACAAAGUAACACUGCAAAAACAAUGUAAUAUGAAUGAUCAAGUCAAUUUUCAAGACAAUACCCAUCAUAUUACUUCAGGUCAUGUAUCUGCAUCGCUUGAAGAUGAUAUAAAAAAAGGCAAAAAAAUUGUUGAAGACUUACAUGACAUAUGGGAAACUAAUGGCUUUAAUAUCUCAGCUUUGGAAACAUUGUUUAAAAUUGACAUGAGAACCAAAAUUUGGUUUCUCGUGCUUGAUGAGGAUGUGUUAUUAAAAAAAUUAAACUUUAUAAAGGAAAUUCGAAAUGCAGAUAAUAGGUGUCGCUUUGUUGUCCCGGAAUGUGUUUUGAAUCGUAUUCAAAAGGGUACAACGUCUAUUAAUAAGAUACAUAUGAAGAGAGCGUUACAAGCAGCCAUAUUUAUUUCUGAUGUAUUAACGGAAAACUGUGCCAUUGUUGAUAAAGAAAAUCGUCAUGAUGAUCAUAUACAGAAUAUCGUUGCAUGUUGUAGAAAAUACAGUCAAAAAGAUUACAAAGUUGUUUUGUUAACAGAAUGUAAAAUCGAUGAAAAUAUAAAUGAAAUAAAAUGUCCCGUAUUUCGGAUAGAAGAAGUUGAAUAUUUCAUGAUAUAUGGAGAUUUAAAGACGCCACAUCCGAAUGUAUUUAACCCAAAAUUUAUGGUCACAAUACCAAAUAAUCCAAGAAUGAGUGUUUCCAAACAAACUAAAAUAGGUAUAAGAGAUCCUCAAAUAAAAUCCCAUAUAGAAAAAGAAAAACAUAAUGUAACUGAUUCAAAACCAACACACAGAGAAAAUUCAGAAAUUGAAAUGGAGAUAUGUAGUUUAAAUGAUGUGAAAAAAAUAAAUGGUCAUCGUAGGAACAGAUCAGAUUCUCUUACCAAUAUCAAUCCAGGAACAACGUUUGAUGAUAAAAGAAAUAUAGAUGUUGAAAAAAAUGUUAUGUUUGAAGUUACAAGUGAACUGAUGAAAGGGAACCUAGUAUCCAAGUCUGAGGAGUGGAUUUCCCGGUUCACACAAAUACUGGAAGAAGCUCUUAAUCAGGUUCUAGAAAAGGCAGCAUUUCAGACAUCACCACCACCUUGGACGAUGUAUGAGGCCUGUGAGUGUAUUAAACGGGGAUUUAAAAAUGACACCGAUAUUGUCGAUGCGGCUAAUAAGUUUGGGGAUAUUAUAUUUGAUAAUGGAGCUUUGAGAGGUAAAAUUAACCACAAUAUAAAUCCAUCUACAUUUAUGAAAAUCUAUAGUUACGGCGUGUACCUCAUUGAUGCUUUACAGGGCGUAUUCGAAGAUGACGAAAAUCUACAGGCAGCUGAGAAAUUAUUAGCCAAAUUACUACUUGAUAUUGAGACGCCGGAUUUCAAUAAUAGUUUUAAUGAAAUCGAUGCAAUAAAUGAGCAUAGUGAUGAAGUUUGUUUUUCAGCUACGCUAGAAAGGACCCAAAAUCAACCGACACCACCCAGAAUUACCCGUUCAAAGGCUAGAAAUAUUAUAACAUCAGUCACCGAACGUGCCGAUCGCAGUAAAAAUAAACUUCUUCAGUUUUUGCCGGGGAAAGAUAACUUUUUAUCAAAUUUUGAACUUAAAAAUUUGGACAAGGAUGAAACUAAUGAACCAGAAAAUAUAGAUAAAACAGAUUGUGUUAAUACUACAACAGAUGCACCGCCGAAAAUUAUAAGAAAUUUUACAAAAAUCUCUACUCUUGAAAAUAAAUUAAAUCCGAAUAGAUCUGAUGAUCUAAAUGAUCUAGAUUUUAUUUUAGAUGGCGCUGAAGUGCCAGAAUAUAAUACUUACACUCAUAUUGGUUUAAUGGAACUAAUUAAGGCUAAAUUAGGCUAUGUUUUUCAAUUUUGCCAAGAUACGAGACAAAGGCUGUUAAAUCCAGAAAAGCUCGAUAAAAAGGAUGUAAAUUGUCAGGCCAAAAAAUUUGCAGAACUAAUACGUUUUUACCAUCUUCAAUUAACAGGGAUAUACGAAAGAAGAAAAGAUGUUUAUUUAAAUGUUCUUAACUUUAAUGAGGCAGAAUAUAUUUAUUAUAAGGAAUUCGUUCAGCACUGUUUGGAUGAAUGCGAAAUUCUUAAUACGGCCCUAUCGAUUAUUUUAACAAAAACAGGCUCUACUCUCCAUGAGGGGAAAGGCGUACCUGACACCUCAAAUGGUACACGGAAACUCGCUUCCGAAUAUGAUUUCUAAAUCAACAGUAUUCUAAAAAUUCGUAAUAAAUGUUAUAACAGUCAAAUUGAAAGAGCUAA